UUAAUCUGUCAGUCAACAAGACUAUUAUGAAAAUCAUAGCACGUGAUGGCCUUAAUGGAUUGUUUGGUAUCAACGGAGCCGGUCGAAGUGGAGCGUUUCUUGCUGUGGACGCCAAUUUGGAGUUGAUGAAGAAGACUGGUCAGCUCGACGUCUACGAGUACGCUAAGACCCUCGUCAAUUCGCGACCGCAUCUCAUUGAUUCCGUCGAUCAGUACCAGUUCAUCUACGAGGUUCUAGCUGAGGCGGUAAUGUGUAACAUUCAACCAAUUCAAAUGCAUCAGCUGAAAGAUCGAAGCAGUAUGUAUAAGGCCAAGAAGAAUCGGGAACUGAUGGAAUCCCAAGACAACCAUGAGAAUAAGUUGUUGCUGCACCUCACACAACCGCUUCGCAUCGGUGAUUGUGCCGGAGGUCAUCGGUUGGAGAACCGAGGAAAAAAUAGGGAUGUCAUGGUAGUACCGCCUGAUCAUGCCCGUCCAUAUCUCCAGACAUUACAUGGUGAAAGCAAGGAUUACACCUAUAUAAACGCUGUUGAGGUGGACGGGUUUACGAGAAAAGCAGAGUUCAUAGUAACGGAAUGGCCAAAACACAGUACGAUCGACUCAUUUUGGACUCUAAUCUAUGACCAUUCCUGUCACACUGUCGUCAAUCUCAGUAACCAGGGAAAUCCUAGGCACUAUCCUACAUUUAUUCACAAUAAGGGCAAGGCAAGUUAUGGUCCGUUCAUCGUCGAAGUGAUUAACUAUCACCAAUAUCAGGCGAUGACUUCGCACAUGGUGAAAGUGAUGAAAAGGACGUUCAUGAUUUCGGACAUCAUGUCAAACGCCGCGAACAGCCAACAAAUCGAAACUGAAGUGCGAAUUUGUUGUGUUAUACAGAACAAAGUGCCGUUAUCGACGACUGGUCUUAUGGACGUCAUAAAAAUGGCUCGCAGUUGGAGACGAAGAGCACCCGAUCGUCCGGAGUCUAAGCCAACAAUCGUAAUGUCUCAUAACGGCGUCUCCCGAGUCGGAGUGUAUAUUGGAGCGAACAUUUGCAUAGAUCAGAUGGACAUAGACCACGAAGUGGAUGUCUUUCAUGCUGUGAAAAUGAUGCGAAUUAAUCGACCACAACUCAUCGACAUGAAGGAUGAAUACAAAUAUCUCUAUGAUUUGAUGUUGCACUGGUAUAUGACGAAUCCGGAGUAUCGAAUUUAUGACAAGGACGAUACGGAAGGGGAGGAUGGGUCGCGGCCAUCCUCCCAGAGUCAAUCCCUCCGCGAUAAGGAUCGAUGGCUUAAGAGCCAGAACUCGGUUCGAUAG